GCGUCCUAAGCUGACGUCAGCCCGGUACCGAUGAACAACCGGUAGCGGUGAAGGGAUCCCUAUGGUUGCCCGUUGUUUGUAGCUUUGUCCGCUAAUCCCCUUGUGUCAAACGUGAAAACAUCAUGACUUUCGAUGUUAGGAGAUUCGAUAUCUACAGGAAAGUGCCAAAAGAUCUCACCCAGCCCACAUACACAGGAGCCUUCAUUUCCAUUCUCUGCUGUGUCUUCAUAUUCUUCCUGUUCCUGUCUGAACUAACGGGAUUCAUAGCCACUGACAUUGUAAAUGAACUGUAUGUGGAUGAUCCUGAUAAAGACAGUGGUGGGAAGAUAGAUGUGAGUUUAAACAUCAGUUUGCCAAACUUACACUGUGAUUUGGUGGGUUUGGACAUCCAGGAUGAAAUGGGCCGCCAUGAGGUCGGUCACAUAGACAACUCAAUGAAGAUUCCUCUAAACCAAGGCGAUGGAUGUCGCUUCGAAGGAGAAUUCACCAUCAACAAAGUACCGGGAAACUUCCAUGUGUCGACGCACAGUGCUACCGCACAACCAACAAGCCCUGACAUGACACACACCAUCCACAAGCUGGCAUUUGGUGAAAAGCUUCAGGUACAUAAAGUCCAAGGCGCCUUCAACGCGUUAGGAGGAGCUGACAAGCUGUCAUCAAACCCUCUAGCUUCACAUGACUACAUACUGAAGAUCGUUCCGACAGUUUACGAAGACCUAUCGGGCAAACAGAGGUUCUCCUACCAGUACACCGUAGCCAACAAGGAAUAUGUUGCUUACAGUCACACAGGCAGGAUCAUCCCAGCCAUCUGGUUCCGAUAUGACCUCAGUCCAAUCACAGUCAAGUACACAGAGAGGAGGCAGCCCCUCUACCGCUUCAUUACAACAAUUUGUGCCAUAGUCGGAGGGACGUUCACUGUCGCAGGAAUCAUCGACUCUUGUAUAUUCACAGCUUCAGAAGCCUGGAAGAAGAUCCAGAUAGGCAAAAUGUCCUGAGAACUGCCCCUCACUCCUCCCGUGUUUUAAUUCGAAGUGCAAAGUUCCUAGCCUGUUAGCUAAAUCCAGUCCUGCUCGAACCAACUUCCUCGUCAAGAUCAUAUCCCAGCGACCAAUGAGAUGGCUCCGGCACGUGAUCUAAUUACCAGGCUACGCGGCUGCAUCUGACCACUCUGAAGCUCCUCUUAUGCUCCAUCUGCUCUGGUGACGCAUGGAUGUUGGAUAUCAGAUGUCCACUUCCUCCGUCUACAGUGUCAGGAGGUGGAGAGGGGAUGGAGGCUCCAAUGAAGUCUACCACGUUUCAGGGUUCAACAAGUAUGGAUAUUUCAAGGCUGCAGCUGAUAUUUUUAGAAUGAAGUCAAGUAAGUGGCUGGUUACUGCUGAUACUCAAUCUUUUCACUUCGAUUAAACAAGCCUUGAUAAAAA